AUGGAUGACUCCAACCAACUGCGGCGCUUGCUGCUCCAUGUCUUGCAGUCGUUGCACUGCCCUUUGAAGGCACCGUUGGCAGCAAGAUUGCUAGGGGCAAAGGAUCCGCGGGCGCAAGCUUUCCUUCACCGCCAGACCCGUCAGCGCAAGAGCACGCGCCGCGCGAAAGAAAAUGCGGCAUACCUGCACAGAUUGACCAGUAGAGAGCACGAAGCUUUGAAUUCUGUCAAGCAUUCGGGUUUGGAGGAUGACCUUGUGGCAGAUGUGAGCCAGUCUGUGGGGCGUGUGCCUCAUGCAAGGGGCGGCCUUUGUCCUACCCUGACACCAGGCUCUAAGUGCAUGGUCUUGGCGGUGAAGCGUGCCAUCAUUCCUGAGGAGAAGCUCCUUCUUGGUGGCAUUCCGCUGCGCAGACUCCAAGUCCCAAGUUCUUUGUCGCCUCAGCAAAUCGCUUCCUUAGGUGGCAACUUGAUGCACUGUGAGGCGAUAGCUGCAGCCGUUUUGCUCGGGCUUUCCAUCCUCCAAGUGGACAAACUGAGGCCGGGACCGCCACGUUUUCCAGCAGCAGGUCGUGCGAAGAUGAUUGAGGUAAACCAACUUCUUUCUGCCCAGAAUUGCCCCACCAAGACCAACCGCCGGCGAAGAGUCGCGGCAAAUCAGCCUUGUACAAAGCAAAAAGUGCCGGAUGCAAAGUGCAUCGCAGAGGUUUAUUUGAGUUCUGAAGGCAGGAAACGGGUGGCGCAGCCACUUUUUUCGUUUUCUGGGAAGAAGGCGCGGAAGUGCCGCAGCAUCGCAGAUGUGUAUAGUGCCAGCCAGCUCCGGCCAGCAGUGCACCAAGAGGCUGGCAAACCACGGAAGCCAGCCGCCAUCACCAAGGCGUGCCAGAAGCCCAAGCUGCCUUUGACUGAACUGCUUCAGGCCACCCACGAGGACGACCUACUUUUGAAGGGCUCCGUUCCGCAACCUGCAGAUUGGCUUUCUGCAUGGCGGGCUGUGCGUUCUCCAAUUUCCUUUUCCAAGGCAGAGGCACAUUCGCAGACGGCCUUCUAUGCUGCUGGAAUGUUUCGGGAGAUGGUGGGCGUCAUGCCCGAAGUCAUUCGGGAAACCAAGCGGAAGCACAUCUUGGAGGCUGACUCCAUUAGCUUAGCUUUGGGUGACAAGGCGCCCUUCCGUGUCAUCCGAUACCGUUGCAGCAGCGUGGCUGGCCUUUCUUCCAUGCCACUGCGCACGCAUGAAGGUGUGCUGACUGUGCUACGACAUGGGGGUGAGGCUUCGUCAAUGACCUGUGAGGCCUUCGAUGAAGACUAUAGUGAAAGGAUAGCGAACUCUGUCGACGCCAUCGAGCGCUUGGCUACCUCCUUGGGGGGUUGUGAGCCGGACGAAGCAAUCCAGGCCAAGUUCAAGGCGGCGCUGCGCUGCUACGCUUCUGACGGUGGGAAGCCUGUACGUAAAUGUGGCCAGCUGCUUCAAGAGCGAUUCCCGCACUUGAAGCUGCUGAUCCACGACAGGGCUCACAUUAUCCGACGGGCGGCCCUGCCUUUGACUUUGGAAGAGCGUUUCCCAAAGUUUUGGCACCAUGUCUUUGAUAAGCGGCACGCAGUCAUACCCGACAUCCAGAACAGCUCGGAAUGGAAGUUGAAGCUGGAGAUCAUCCAACGGGAGCUGAUCCAUGAUUCGCCCUUGCAGGGGCGCUUGCGCAAAGCCAUUCGAACCAUCGGUUUUGCCAAACAGCGCUUCGACAGCUAUGCAAGUCCUCAAGCCAAGUAUGUGGUCCUCCAAGUCCCCAUUGCCAUUCUGUUGGCCUCUCAGGCUGCAGACCCUAGAAAGGAUGGGCGGGUAUGGAGAAGGUGCUUGGAAGCCCUGCGCAUGAUGACAGCCGAGCACACCUUGCUGUCAGGGCUGGCGGCGGACUUCUCAGCUGAGGUCUUGCGAUUUGUGCGAGAGCAUGACAUCCGCGAUCACGACAUCAGCACCACUUUUUAUCAAAAGAGUGAGUUCAUCCGCAGGUUUGAGGAAGGAUGGAUCCUGCAGCCCGCGCAGAGUGCCGCCACCAGGACAGACGCUCAGACUUUCACCCAGAUGGCCGUGACCGGUGCCAUGGAGGCAGGCCCGAUUCAGUUUGGGGAUGAGAUGGUCACCCUUUGGGGGCCCUUGGCUCGUGAGGAGUGCCGACAAGUUAUGCAAAGGUGCAGAGAUGUGGUCUCCAGCACCAUUGCACGGGUGGACGCCGAGUUGCAUGGCAAUGACUUGGACAUGGACUUGUUACUUUCCGGCGUGCUCAAAGUUGACCCAGCUUGUUGUGAGCAGGAAUUCGUCCAGGUGGCCCUUUUCUUUCUCGAGGACAAGGAUGGCAUGACGCAGGUGAAACGGGAACAAGACAAUCAUCUUAUGUGGGCGAGGGUGCUUGGCAAAGGAAAACCUGUGCCUUGUGCUGCUUCACUUGAGACUUUGCCAGCUUUGGUUUGUUGGUACCUGAGCAUCUUGGACGGCGAGUGUGGCGUCGAGCGAGACCUUGCCUCUUUGCGGCUGUUGUUGCAGGAGCACGAGGGAAGUCUUGACGAGGAUGGCCGCUGCGCGGCUGACCUUCUGGAGCUGCACCUUGAUGGUCCCAAAACAGAAGCAGAAGUGGCCCUGCGAGCUUCAGUGGAAAGCCUUGAAGAGAGCAAGGCCACGCUUUUGCUGACAGACUUUUCACGCCGGCGCUGUGAAGUGUGGACUCGCUUGUAUGGCAAAAGGUUUCGUUCCUAUAAGAAAAGAGUGGAUGCCGGUGUCAAGCGAAAGCCUCAAGCAGGAACCUUUCAAUCCUUGCAAGUUCGACAGAAGAUGGCAGUGGCCUUCUUGGAUGGGCGUGGUUCCGCCACCAGUGCAACUGAAACUUCCACUCCAACUGUUCUUGGCUACACGCGAGAGAGCCUGCUGAAGGCUCCCCGAGGAGAGAAGCCCACCAACGUGAAAUUGGCGAAGUUUCGUGCCCACACCAGCAGCAAGGUGGCCCAACAGUCUCUUUUGCUUGGAUGUCACAAGAAAGUUCCCCGCCGAGUGGCGGAUGUCUUCGCGAAUGUGUUUGCCAAAGCCAAGCCUCACGACGAUAGCCUCAGGAUCCGCCACACUUGGAUGAUCUAUGAUCACACCGGAAGGGUGGUGGACGCUUCUCGGAACUUGCCUGGCAAGUUGGUGCUUCCACGGACGGGGGCAGACGAAACCUCUUUUCAGACUGUGGCAAAGUGCGAAGUGAUCCUUGUGGAAAGCCUGCAGGUGAUGGAGCAGUGCCGCGGAGAGCCGCUUGUAUGUUUGUUUUAG